UCCAUCCUUCACAGAAGGAGGUACUCCCUUGUGUUAGAUCCAAGAAGCAACCACAAACAAGAAUCAACAACAAGAGAGGAGGAGGAAGAAGAAGAGAUCGAAGAUGGCCGACGGCGAGGACAUCCAGCCGCUGGUGUGCGACAACGGGACAGGUAUGGUGAAGGCCGGGUUCGCCGGCGACGACGCGCCCCGGGCGGUGUUCCCCAGCAUCGUGGGGCGGCCGCGGCACACGGGGGUCAUGGUGGGCAUGGGGCAGAAGGACGCGUACGUGGGCGACGAGGCGCAGUCCAAGCGUGGUAUCCUCACCCUCAAGUACCCCAUCGAGCACGGCAUCGUCUCCAACUGGGACGACAUGGAGAAGAUCUGGCAUCACACCUUCUACAACGAGCUCCGCGUGGCCCCCGAGGAGCACCCCGUCCUGCUCACCGAGGCGCCCCUCAACCCCAAGGCCAACCGUGAGAAGAUGACCCAGAUCAUGUUCGAGACCUUCAACACCCCCGCCAUGUACGUCGCCAUCCAGGCCGUGCUCUCCCUCUACGCCUCCGGGCGAACCACCGGUAUCGUGCUCGACUCCGGUGACGGUGUGAGCCACACGGUGCCCAUCUACGAGGGGUACGCGCUGCCCCACGCCAUCCUCCGUCUCGACCUCGCCGGACGCGACCUCACCGACCACCUCAUGAAGAUCCUCACGGAGCGCGGCUACUCCUUCACCACCACGGCGGAGCGCGAAAUCGUCCGCGACAUGAAGGAGAAGCUCUCCUACAUCGCCCUCGACUACGACCAGGAGAUGGAGACCUCCAAGACCAGCUCCUCCGUGGAGAAGAGCUACGAGCUGCCCGACGGCCAGGUCAUCACCAUCGGCGCCGAGCGCUUCCGCUGCCCGGAGGUGCUCUUUCAGCCAUCCUUCAUCGGGAUGGAAGCCGCGGGGAUCCACGAGACCACCUACAACUCCAUCAUGAAGUGCGACGUGGACAUCAGGAAGGACCUCUACGGCAACAUCGUCCUCAGUGGUGGCACCACCAUGUUCACCGGCAUCGCCGACAGGAUGAGCAAGGAGAUCACCGCCCUCGCGCCCAGCUCCAUGAAGAUCAAGGUCGUCGCCCCGCCCGAGAGGAAGUACAGUGUGUGGAUCGGAGGCUCCAUCCUCGCCUCCCUCAGCACCUUCCAGCAGAUGUGGAUCGCCAAGGCCGAGUACGACGAAUCCGGACCAUCCAUCGUCCACCGGAAAUGCUUCUAGAUACUCAUGCAUAUAUCCACCCCAUUCCAUCGUCAUUAUCUUAUCUUAUCAUCAUCACCAAACAAAACAAAAGUAAAGGCGCGCCGACGAUGCAUGGGAUCAUCACUACUACUGCUGCCGGGGCGCCCGUCCGAUCGCCAUCGAUGAUCCUUUUUUUCUUGUUUCCCUUUCUUUUUCUUUCUUGCCAAUCUUUCUACAUAAAUCAUGUUUUCUUUUCUCACUUCAAUUUUAUUUAAUUGGAGAAGAUGCUAUCUAUGCAUCCCAUUCCAUCGUCAUUUAAUUUGUGGAUGACGCGGUGGUGGUAUGUUUGAAUUCAAUCUAAUCCAAUGGCCGGCUAGCGGCCGAGAUGAUUACUAUUGAUUAUUA